AUGGCAAUCUUCCUGCUGGUGGCCCUCUCCACCUCCCAUAUCGCGUCCUCACUCCGCUCGGGUGUCGGUGUCUGCCGUGCAAAUGGCUAUCUUCCAGGAAAGUCGGGCAACUGUGAGAAGAGCAAAAACCCGGACUGUUGUGAGGAUGGCAAGAGAUACCCGCAGUACCACUGCUCACCCCCGGUCACCGUGGCCACCAAGGCCAUCCUGAUGCUGAACAGCUUCGAGAAGGGCAAAGAUGGUGGCGGCCCAUCGGAGUGUGACAAUGCCUACCAGAGCGAUGAGGAGCUAUCCACCGGCUGGUUCAAGAGCAUGGCCCGUCGCGGGCACCGUAUCAAGAUCACCGCCAAUGGCAACUCCGUGUACUCCAAGGUGGUGGACGAAUGCGGCUCCGUGUAUGGCUGUAACGACUAUCACAAUUACGAACCACCAUGUGCCAACAACAUAGUCAACGCCUCUCUAGGAGUGUGGAACGUGUUGGGGCUCGACCAGAACGUCAGCAUGGAGGGCAUCACCUGGUCUAACGAGUGA